AUGCCACGCCAAAGGGAACCGACAUUUGUCCUCUUCUGGGGCCCUCAGCGCGACUACGAUCACGUCGAUGUUGAGGGCAUUCUGGAAACUGUGGUGGGCUACACGGGUUCCAAAGACGAACAGGCCCACAGUCCGACCUACCAAAAUGUACAAGAUUUCGCCGAAGCCAUGCGCGUCACCUUUGAUCCCAGCAAAAUUUCCUACGAGGAACUCUUGACCAUGAUGUUCUCCUUUGCCACUCCAGCCGAUCCUCGGUUUGCGGGAACGCAAUAUCGUUUCGCCAUCUUUUAUCAUACGCAAGAACAAAAGGCGCUCGCCGAGAAGGCUGUCGAAGCCCGAGGACGACUUGGUUCGUGGGUGGCUGUAGAGCCAGCAUCUGACUUUUAUCGAGCCGAAGAAUAUCACCAGAAAUACAUUGACAAGCAAACCAUGUCCAUGUUCAUCUAG